AUGAGGCUAAGCAGCAAGCCCUUGUUAAAACGAGCAGGAGAAGGAAUCAGCAAAACACUAUCUGAAAUUCUUGUCUGCCCAAUCUCCAAACAGCCCUUAAGGUAUUGCAAAGAAACAAAUUCUCUCUUCAGUGAUUCUAUUGCUGUCUCUUUUCCUAUAAAAGAUGGAAUUCCUUGUUUGGUUCCAAGAGACGGCAAGGUAAUCGAAACUGUUGAUGACCCAAAAUCUUGAUCCUGUUGUUUUUUCAUCUGCUGCUAAGAAUGGCAUUUUAUUACUAGGUUAAGUUAGAGAAAAUCAGUGUCUUUUUCUCAUAUUUUGCGAGCUUUCUUGUCAUUUAGGAUUGUUGUGUUUCUUCUUUCGCUUUUGGUAGUUCAAUCUCAGAAUUAUUCUGUAUUGAUUAACCAGUUUUAGCCAUGAAACUGAGAUUGAGAUCUGUGCAAUCUAAAGAAAUUGUGAAAAUAGAAGUGCCCGCUUCGUGUAUUUUACAGCAACUAAAGGAAACCCCCUCUCGAGCAAUAUUUUUCCGCAGGCUCAUAUUUGUCUCUUAAUAGAAAGGAUGAGCUCAAUGCAUCUUCGCCAGAGGAUUCUUUGCAAUCUCUUGGUAUUACGUCUGGUGACCUCGCUUAUUUCUCUGUCAAUCCCAUUGCUGUGUUUAGGUUCUUGUUCCUCUGUAAGAGAACAGGCUCGAGGUCAUCGAGAAGGGUGAGCAGCAUGAGAUUGGAGGAUCCGAUACGUGUGAUGCAGUUAUUGAAAGACAUGGAUCUCUAGAUUCAAAAGCUCGGAGUGGAGAAACCUUAGAGACACAAGAAUUGACCAGUGUAGAUUUUGUGUGGGCAGAUGGUAAGAAUGAUGGGAUGAAUGAAAAUGAUAGGUCAUCCAUGUUGUAUCUUGAAAAUGAAAAUUUUGAGUAGUGGAAAA